UCCGCGCGUGGGGGUUUCAUUCCUUCCCAGAAAGCACACAAAGGCGGAACGUAUCCUGGCAUCCGAGGUGUUGUUUUUCUCGCGUGAAACUAUCGCACGAUGGCGGACCAGAACGCCUACACUGUAAUCCAGCAGGAUGAUGAUAAGGAGCAGCCCACCGUACAGGAGCUGCGAAAGCAGCUGGAGACUGGCAAAGAUGAACAAAAGAUUGAGACCAUGAAGAAGAUCCUUCUUAUCAUGCUGAAUGGAGACCCUCUUUCGCAAUUGCUCAUGCAUGUCAUCCGAUUUGUCGUGCCGUCAAAGAACAAGGCGCUCAAGAAGCUGCUACUGAUUUACUGGGAAAUCUGUCCCAAGACGAACCCUGACGGAAAAUUGAAGCAGGAAAUGGUGCUCGUUUGUAACAACCUUCGAACGGACAUUCUCCAUCCAAAUGAAUUUGUGCGGGGUAGCACAUUAAGAUUUCUAUGCAAGCUUCGCGAAGCAGAGUUACUUGAGCCGUUGGUCCCAGCUGUCCGCACCUGCUUGGAACAUCGUCAUCCUUAUGUCAGAAAAAAUGCUGUUUUGGCCAUCUUCUCCAUCUUCAAGUAUUUUGAAUAUCUGAUCCCAGAUGCCCCAGAGCUGAUCCAGACAUACUUGACGAAUGAAACGGAUCAAAACUGCAAAAGGAACGCAUUCAUGAUGUUGAUGAACACAAAACAAGCAUUGGCGGUCCAAUAUUUGAAUACGGUUUUCAAUCAGAUACCAGCCUUUGACGAACUUCUGCAGCUGUCUGUGAUUGAGUUGAUUCGCAAGGACUGCCGAAACCCCACUGCUGAUAAGGCGAAAUACAUACAAUGUAUCUUCUCUCUGCUGCAUUCCUCGUCCCACUCAGUCAAAUAUGAAGCAGCAAACACCUUGAUCGCGUUGACAUCCCAUACCUCAGCAGUUCGCGCCGCGGCCUCAUGUUACAUCGAACUCGCGCUGAAAGAGUCUGACAAUAACGUGAAAUUGAUCGUUUUGGAGCGAAUUAAUGAACUGCGGGAAAAGCACGACCGCGUGCUUGAAGAUUUGGUUAUGGAUAUACUCCGCGUAUUGAGCAGUCCCGACAUUGAAGUCCGUCGGAAAUGCUUGAAGAUUGCGCUGGAAAUGGUAACCAGCAGAAAUGUAAACGAAGUUGUUGGAGCCUUGAAGAAAGAUUUGGUGAAAACCCAUGACCAAGAGUACGAAAAGAAUAACGAGUACCGACAGCUACUUAUUAAUGCCAUCCAUUCCUGUGCGAUCAAAUUUUCAGAGGUUGCUGCUGAUGUUGUGCACGUUCUCAUGGAGUUUUUGGGAGAAUCGAACAAUGCAGCAGCCGUAGAUGUAAUGGCGUUUGUUCGUGAGGUGAUGGAGAAAUUCCCUGAUCUGCGGCCGAGCAUUAUAGAAAAGCUUCUCCAGACGUUCAUGGAUAUGAAAACCGGACGAGUCUUCCGUGGUGCGCUAUGGAUCAUUGGUGAAUACGCACUAGAUAUACCUGCUAUUGAGGAAACCAUGAGACAAGUACGCAGCGCACUAGGGGAGAUUCCAAUCUUGGCAUCGGAGCAGCGUUUAUUGGAGGAGGCUCACUCAGAUCAACCAGCCGCCGCGGAAAGCAGGCCCGCAGAGGUUACUUCAACAGCGCGCCGGGUUCUAGCGGAUGGCACCUACGCUACGGAGAGUGCAUUUUCGUCGAAAGCUACGGACAAGGCAAAACUAGAUGCGGUCAAAGCGGCCUACAAGCCGCCACUUCGAGCUCUUCUCCUGAACGGUGACUACUUCCUGGGAGCUGUCCUCUCGACGGCUCUCACGAAACUGGUUCUGCGGUACGCUGAGAUCAAUGGUGACCAAGUCAAAGUCAACACACUGAAAUCGGAAGCGAUGUUGAUUAUGACAAGCAUAAUUCGCGUCGGCCGUUCAGAUUUCCCAUCGGCCCCUAUUGACGAGGACUCUCACGAUCGGAUUACGACCUGCUUGCGCACCCUCUCCUUGAUUCCUGAGGACGACAUGAUGCGAGAAAUCUUUUUGGCGGAUUGUAGACGUGCUUUCAGUCAGCUGGUUCAGUCCCAAGAUAAAGUGAAUAAGAAGAAAGCCGCAGAAAAGAAGGAAGUUAAGGUACACGCCGACGAUGCCAUCUUCUUCCGACAACUGAAAUCGAAGCGAAGCACCGCUGACGGUACAGACGAGUAUGAGCUGGACAUCACGAGAGCCACAGGUGUAGCGGAUCGCUCUGAUAAUCUGGCCUCCAAGCUGAGUCGGGUGGUACAAUUGACAGGCUUUUCGGAUCCUGUGUAUGCCGAGGCAUAUGUCAAUGUACAUCAAUAUGAUAUUUUGCUCGAUAUUCUCAUUGUAAAUCAAACGAGCGAGACGCUGCAGAACCUCACUGUUGAAUUUUCGACUCUUGGUGAUCUUAAACUUGUCGAGCGACCGGCGCCAUAUACAAUUGGCCCACAUGGAUUCCAUGGUAUCAAGGCCAAUAUCAAGGUGUCUUCGACGGAGACUGGUGUGAUUUUUGGAAACAUUGUCUACGAUGGCCCGUCCACUUCAGACACCAACUGUGUCAUAUUGAAUGAUGUGCAUAUUGAUAUUAUGGACUAUAUCAAGCCCGCAUCAUGCACUGAAACACAGUUCCGAAUGAUGUGGAGCGAGUUUGAGUGGGAGAACAAAGUCAAUGUGAAUACGAACAUAACUGACCUCCGGGAGUACCUCGACCACAUCUUGAGAUCAACAAACAUGAAUUGCUUAACGCCAGAACACGCAUUAUCUGGCGAAUGCGGAUUUUUGGCAGCAAAUAUGUACGCACGAAGUAUAUUUGGGGAAGAUGCCUUGGCGAAUAUCUGCCUAGAGAAGCAGGAUGACGCGAUUACUGGACACAUUCGCAUUCGAAGCAAGACUCAAGGAAUAGCUCUCAGCCUUGGAGACAAGAUUACCCUUUCACAAAAGAAUGUGGCGCCGCCUGUCGGUCAAUCCCCUGCUUAUACAUAGAUUGUUUGCUCUCAUAUGACCAUGCUAUAUUACAAUAUACGCUGCCUUUUUUUGCCUUACA